AGUCAUUUAUAUCAAGCACGCAUAAGUAGUGAUUUAGUUGCCAAGAAGGUUGCGAAAAAGUGAAGCUAAACUUGAAAUCGGAAAUUAUGGAGUUCAAACGUGUUUGUCCCAUUAAACUUAUGUUUAUUUUGUUGAUUUAUUUGCAAACUACCAAUGGGAAGCCAUCAUACAUACAAUCGUUGGAUUUUGAGGAUUGCGGUUCUACUUUUGACCUUGUAUCGGUGCGAAUAUCGACUUGUGAAUCGACACCAUGUAAGGUUCCAAUGGGAAACACGGUACAGCUGACAGCCGAUUUUAUCACAGACGACCACGACCUUACUCCCACACUUACACACGAAGCAUACUGGAUUCUGUAUGCUAUCAAUACUCGAGCUACAAUAUCGCCUGACGCAUGUGAAGGAAAGUUUUGCCCAUUCAAGAGCUACGACGGCUUGGGAUUUUCUGCUGACCUGAUGGUGAAUACCACACUACCUGCGGUACGCGGCACUUUGUAUUGGAGAGUAAAAAAUCCUAACGAUACUCUGGUUAUGUGUUUUAAAGUUCCAGUAUCCAUUGUUUAUUAAAACAAUCGGCGCAGUACAUCAGGUGGAAGCUUAUACACAGACGAUUUUUCAUAUAAAUCAUUUUAUAUAAAAAUGUGAUUACAAUUUUUUACUUUGAAAAA